GCCAUUGAACUUCAUAGUAAAUAAAAUUUCAAGUACACUUUGAAUAUAGCAGACAAAUUGAAAUUGAUUUAUUUUUUAAACUAUUGAAAGAUUUUAGAAAAACACCAAUAACCAAACAACGAAGUUUUUCAACCAACAGACGCUCAAUCAGGCAAACCAAAACAGCGGCAAUGACCUCGCAAGCAUCUUCAGAAUGCGAUGGUACAUCGUCCGGACCUUACGACGGGUACAUACCACGCAAUGGCGACUAUCAGAUUCCGGCCGAUAUUCAGGACAAGAUAAAUGCUUUACGCUUCCUACUCGAAACCGAUCUCAUUGCGUGCGACGCCAAAUGGACGCUGUUCGUGGCAGCGGCACUGAGCUAUCGCUACGACACGCAGUUGAAGCCCUUUCCGCCACGUUUCGUCUCCACCGAUGCGGGACUUGAUAUUGAUGCGCUCAUCUCGGUCAUCAAUGAUACACCGAAACUGCGCGUAGUGUUGCAGAAUAUCGUUGAGGAGAAUUACGAUGAAAUUGAUGCGGACGUUUUGGAUCUGCUGCAUCAUGUGCUGGUCGUGCAACGCGAACCGAUGUUGCACCUGGUCGAAGAUAAUGAUUUCGAUGUGAUUUUGAGUAAUAUGGAACAAAGUGAACAAAUACCGCGGCCGACACAUGUCUUUCGGGUUUGCAAUGUAUCGGUCAUACACGAAGCCAUACAAGAGGAGCCAACAUUCAACGAAGGCGAACAUCCGCCGAAAUUAGCGUUUCAUGGCAAUCGUCUUGACUGCUUCUUCGCUAUGUUGACGCAGGUGGGCGCGUGCAAACAGCAACCGCCGAACACAGAAAAUGCUGGCGACGAGAUGGAUGCGCCACUCAAAUUGACCACGGACUUGCAAGUGGCUUUGCAGCAUAGUCCAAAUGGCGCCGGUUGGGGUGCUUCCGGCUGCGGUUCAAUGAUCUCGUGUGUUUCGAUUUGUGAAUUUGAAAAUCAUCCCGAAUAUGUGUUCGGCGAUACCGCCAGUUCCAUAAUCGAAGUGCGCAAACCGGAUUUGGUGCGCAUACGCUAUUUGCUUUUCUAUGGCAGCCGCUUUCCCGAUGAAGAUGAGACCGAAGAGAAACGUCCAUCCAGCUGGUUGGGCCGAAAUAAGUACUCACUUUCGCUGGCGUGUUAUAUGUUGCUGUUGGCGUCGAUUGGUGUGGCCAAUAGUGGCAGUGGGCAAUACUGGAAACAGGUGCUGAGCAAGAAGGCGCAUUUAUUGCUGGACUUCUGCAGGCGCAUUUUUACACCAGAGUAGGGGAGUUGGGUGCGGGUUAUACAUUCAAAUGUGUGUGAGUAACAGAACGAGGCGAAUGGAGAAAUUUGUUAAUUGUCCCUUAUAUGUAUAUAUUUCUGUUU